AAGCGGGCGGAAGCAGAGGGGGCGCCACGCGGCGGGAGAGGAGGCCAUGGACGCGCGCCUCGGGGCGCUGCUGCUGGCGCAGCUGCUGGUGCGAGCGGAGGUCGGGGCGCAGGAGUUGGAGGACGAGGACCAGCUGUUUGCAGGUUUCGAGAACUCGUCGUUGCUCACGUGGCCCUGCGGCCAACGAACCGUUUCGACGCGCAUCGUGGGCGGGAAGGACUCGGAGCUGGGGCGCUGGCCGUGGCAGGGCAGCCUGCGCCUCUGGGGCUCCCACCGCUGCGGAGCGAGUCUGCUCAACCGCCGCUGGGUGCUCACGGCCGCGCACUGCUUUGAAGACCACAGUGAUCCGUUUGAGUGGUCCGUGCAGUUCGGCGAGCUGUCUUCCUCACCGUCUAUCUGGAAUCUGCAGGCCUACUACAACCGAUACAGUGUGGAGGAGAUCAUUCUGAGCCCUCUGUAUCUGGGGGCUUCGUCCUAUGACAUCGCUCUGCUGAAGCUGUCCUCCUCCGUCACCUACAAUAAGUACAUCCAGCCCAUCUGUGUUCUGACCUCCUCCUCUGAGUUCCAGAACCGGACCGACUGCUGGGUGACUGGCUGGGGGGACAUCGAAGAAGAACAGGAGCUGCCGUCCCCCUACAUCCUGCAGGAAGUGCAGGUCGGCAUCAUAAACAGUGCCAUCUGUAACUACCUCUACGCACAGCCCGUUUUCCGCUACGACAUCUGGGGAGACAUGAUCUGUGCCGGCACUAUCCAAGGUGGCAAGGACGCCUGCUUUGGUGAUUCAGGCGGACCCUUGGCCUGCGAAAAGAAAGGGCUGUGGAUUCAGGUUGGAAUCGUGAGCUGGGGGUCGGGCUGCGGGAGGCCCAACCGGCCCGGAGUCUACACCAACGUCAGUAGGCACUUCAGAUGGAUGCAGAAGCUGUUGGCCCGCAGCGGCGUUCCCAGGCCAGCCCCCUGCCUGCAGCUAUUGCUCCUGGCUCUGCUCGUGCUGGCCUCCCCACUGCGGAUGGCCUGAGCACACCAGAGCGCCUGGGAGUUGGGGCCAUCUGCUAUGCCAGGCCCCAUCCCCCACUGUCCUUCUGCUAAUAAACACGUUCCGUUCACAUGA